UGCGCCAUCGAGGCCAUCAAUAAAUUGUCAUUGCAUUUCCAUGCUCAAAUAUGUUUCCCGAAGCGUAGGCCAGCCGAAAAGGAUGAUAAAACACCUGCCCAAUGGCAUUACGACGAAUCGUGGCAGGAGAAAAGUCUCCAGAAACGCAUUAAUUACAGCGUGAUGCCUCCACUAGCGAUAAAAUUUCCCGAGGUUGCAGUACUUGGUACGAAGAAUGAUUACCUUUCUACCGUCGCGGGACCACUGCUGAGGAAGGUUGAUCCUGAGCGGUUCUUUAGCAUUCAGCAGGUGCUUCCGGUGGAAAUCGAUCGGAGAUCGAAACCAAGCGGGCAAAAGAAAUUAUCAAAAAAGCCUGUUACCAAGUCCUUCGAAGGGCGCGGUGGACAUUACGACCCGGAGAAGAAGGUGUAUAGAUAUUCUAACCUCACUAAAGAACAGGAAGCCGCCUUCGGCCCACUUCUGGACUGCAUAGUGUGCGGCGACUUUGCUGAUGCUACUUGUUCGAAGUGCGACAAUCCAUACUGCUCGACGGGUCACCACAAGCAGCACCACGUCGACAACGUAUGCCCUCCGAAAGGGCAACCACCGCCGGCGAUUCCCGUAGUGCAUGACCCUUUUCUUAAGCGAGAUAAGCUUCCAACCAAGGCACAUGUUUGCAUUACAGCCGUCCUAACACAAGCUAUCGUAUUUGUUCGGUCGCUGGACCCUGCGGUGGUGUUCGACUACUGCACAGCGAUUGCCGAUUGCGAAUUGGCAAGUCUGAGCAAUGCAACUCGUGAUGGGACAGAAGUGAAAGUCGUCGCUGGCGAGAUUUAUUUAGCACCGGGUGCGCCACACGGCACGUACGGCAGGGUGCUGUUGACCGAGCCUGGUCCGAAGGAGUCGAAGUGUGUAUUUAUCGAACAUGGCACGGUAUGCUUCGUUAGCAACGCGUCGUUGAUGCCCAUCGACGAUUUGGGAUUAAAGUACCGCAAAGUGUUCGUCUACAAGGUGUGUCUUGCGAAUAUUACGGAUGAGUUUGGGGAGGUGGAUACAGCGGUGCAAUAUUUAAACAAACUCAAAGGGAAAUGCCUCGAGAUGAAGCAUAAGCUAGAGGGAGACAACAUGAUUGAUGUGCAGCUACGCACUGCGAACUUUAAGAGUGUGAACGAACAUAUCAAUCGUUUGAUCACUAUCCCUCCAAUAUUGACGCAAAAGGAGCACGAAGCCUUCAUCAUGUACGAGGACUUGGGCUAUAAGCCUCCCACUUUGGGGGAAAACAAGCGCAUUAUGAUCUUGAAUCGGAUGACCAUAAAGUUUGACGGCCGCGUUACCUGGAUUGACAUGGAUGACCUGCCGUACCUGGAGAAGCUCCAGGGUAAACUGCAGCACUAUGGAAAGAAGGUGUCAACUUUCCAACGGGAUUUUACCCCACGCCUAGGAGAGCUGUGUCUGGUGCGAAGCAUGGAUCGCUGGCAUCGGGCCGUAUGUCAAGAGACUGUUGGUGAUCGCAAACCGUCACUGUUUCUUUGCGACUUUGGUUGCAUGGUGAAAGCGGAUUUGGAGCACAUUCGGAAGAUUCCUGGCCAGUUUGCAACGGAGGUUCGUACGCACGACGGAAUCGUUAAAGGGUUGCUCGAGGCCCAAACCGGUGGAUUGGAGAUAGAUUUGAAAUUUCUCGAUCGUUACCUACCCGAAAACGAGUUACUGAGCGUGGACAUUUCGCAGAUCCAAAAGGAAGAAUUUACCAUCGAUGGUGAUAUCUUAGAAACGUACAAUCUAUUGAACAUACAUUUGUUUACCAAAUUCACAGAAACUCUUCCAAACAAUCCGGCCGGAGGCCCUGGCAUUUAACAAUUUAAUGACAUUUAUUAGCACCGUUAUGUGUAAGGAAAAGAGAAACGUGGCAGUGAGUGGGAGUCAUUUAAUUUUUCAAAACAAUUGUCAUACAAUAUUUUCUUAGAGCAGCCUUUUUUUUUUGGUACUAACAUACUUAUAUAAGAUAACUGAGAUGCUUCUGAUUAAUGAAUUACUCGCAUCGGUACGAUCGGAUAUGCAAUGUAGAAGCUGUGAAUUUAUGGAUCUAGAAGCUUGAAAAUAUAAUGAGCGAUAAAAUGUCGUUACAAUGUGAACAUAUGUAAGGCAUCAUACAUUUGAAGAACUGGCGAAUUUAUACAUACUUAAAAAAUAAAGAACGAGAAAGAUAGGGGUAUUUGUAAGACAGUCGGCGAACAUUUCGAAUUCAGCUAAGGACAAUUAGGACAAAUUCUAACUGAGUUGCCUUUUGUAUUGCCGUUAGACAGCUUCAAAUUCAUAGAAUAGAUCUCCCGAUCAAACGAUUGCAAGUUAUAUUUAAGUGGAUUACGUUUCAUUCGAGUUUGAAAUAAAAAUAUUAUGUCAGGACUAUUAUUAUUCAA